GCUGCCAUCUGUGAAGUUUCACACGCGGAUCUGGAUGCACUAGUGCACGACCUCGACUUCGACUUCCUUCAGGUUUGUGUGUUCUAGAAGGAAUGGAUGGGUGGUGAUUUCUAUGAUGCGCACAACAGCUUUAUCUUUGUGCAAUCUUGUGAAGAAUGUGAACAAUGAUCUCUUCGAGGAGUGAUAGUUGUAUGUUUUAUCUCAGGUUGAGUUUCAACAAGAGAAACCAGUAUCGUGCAAAAGAGAAAUGAUAUACAUUUGUUUUUAUAUUUUAGCAGGUACAAUCAUCAAGUUCAGCCAUUUAAUUUUUUUGGAAUAUACUAUAAAGUAAGAACUCAAGAAUAUAAUAGCACAGUAUAUAUAGUUGGCGACAGAGCCUCAAGCAAUAUGCCUUCUAUUUGUGGCGAUAUGGUCGAUAUGACUGCUACUUCACAAUCAGGCAUGGAAGGCAUUUCUAGUACAGACAGUGUUGGAACACAGAGUGAUAUAUCAGGACAUACAACUGUACCAGGAAGGCCCAGGAUGGAUGUGGCCUGUGUCUUGGAUUUGCAACAACCAGAACAUCUUGCUCAACGAAAGAAAGCAUUAGACGAAGUUAGACAAGCCUGUAAUCUGGUCAAUGCCAAUAUUCAUCAUAUUCAGUUUGAAAAGCUCGAUUUUGGUGAAACCAAUGUGUUGGAUACAUUUUAUAAUGCUGAUGUGGCAGUUGUUGAUUUAAGUAUUCAAUUGCAACAAUCUGCGUUAUUUUAUCAUCUUGGUGUUAGAGAAAGUUUUGGUAUGAAAGAAAACAUAUUGCUGUAUAAUGAUGUAGAUACAGAGGCAACAAUUAGACUCAAGUUAUCCUGUGGCAGCUACACAUUUGUUUCAUAUCGUGUUGUGGAAUCAUGUGGCUCAUGUGUAGCUACUAAUCCAGCAACCAGUAGAAUUACAGGCGAAGAAACGACAGAUCCCAAACAACAUCUCACUCUAAAAUUGAAGAAAUUGCUUCAAGAUGUAGAGAUACAAUCCAAAGCACAUAUGAAAGAAAAAUUUUUAGCAGAUCUGCGCAAAGCGCGCGAGACAUAUUCUGGAGAGGAACUUUCCAGAACUCUGAAUAAUAUGCGUAAACGUUUAGAUGAUCCAAAUGUUUUAUCGGGAGAAGUUGUUUUAAAUGUGCUUAUUUCAUUUCGAGAAAUACAGGAUUAUGAUGCAAUGGUACAAUUGGUUGAUGACUUAAAAACUAUACCAACUCACAAAAAUUAUAUAAAUACUCCAGCUAUAAGAUAUUUGUAUGCGUUUGCUCUAAAUCGACGAAACAAAGAGGGCGAUCGAGAAAGAGCACUAAAAGUCAUUGAAAAAGCAUUAGAAAAGAAAGAAAAUCAUGUUCCAGAUAUGUUGUGUUUAUGUGGAAGAAUAUAUAAAGACAAAUUUGUAGAGAGCAGACAUACAGAUCAGGAGAGUUUAAAGAAUGCGAUCCACUGGUAUAGAAAAGGUUUUGAGGUCCAACCUAAUGAAUAUGCUGGUAUAAAUCUUGCUACUUUAUUGGUCAUAGCUGGAAAUGAAUUCUCUAAGAGUGAAGAGUUACAACACAUAGGAAUGGUACUAAAUAACUUAAUUGGCAAGAAAGGCAGUUUAUCGAGCUUAAAGGAUUAUUGGGACGUAGCAACAUUUUUUGAAAUUAGUGUAUUGGCAGAAGAUUAUUCAAAAGCAAUACAAGCAGCCUUGUGUAUGUUUAAAUUGAAGCCACCAAAUUGGUAUCUGAAGUCGACAAUAGGCAAUAUAUCACUGAUAAAUAGAUUCCGUAAAAAAAAUGAGGAAGCUGAAAUUGCACCAGAGGAACAAAUAUUUAGUUUUUGGAUGGACUACUUUGUCGAAGCUACAAAGGCGGAGGUUGGCGAUAGUAUAUGGUUUCCAAUUUUAGUGUUGGAACCAACAAAAAUUUUAAUGCCGAGCUACGUGAACGUAAAUCUUGGUGCAGAGGAGAAGUCUAUACAUAUAAGGAAUUUGUGUAAUUCGUGUUUGGAUAAUAUGAGAAAUAAUAAUUGUAAGCAAGUUCAUGAUUGGCUUUUUACUGCAAAUAUGAUACGCAGUAUGAGUUUAUACAAGAGGGAUGAAAGGUGCCUUUUCUUAUACGUUCAUCAAAAUUCGGAUGACUUUCAAAUGUACUUGCCAUCGGUACAAUGUAGACAAAGAUUUUAUGAUCUGAUAUUAGAAAUGACUAGGGAUCAGGAAGGCAUGGUUACAGAUUUGGAUGCUUACAUGACUGAUGAUUGCAUGAAGUAUGAAUAUGAAUUGGAUGAUCAAAAUAAGCGUAUAAUUCUCGGCAAAGGUACAUAUGGCAUAGUGUAUGCAGCACGCGAUUUGAAUACGCAAGUAAGGAUAGCAGUAAAAGAAAUUCGUGAACGAAACUUGGGUGAUGUACAGCCUCUUCAUGAAGAAAUAAAAUUACAUAGCCAAUUGAGACAUAGAAAUAUCGUCCAAUAUUUAGGAUCAGUAAGUGAAGAUGGAUAUUUCAAAAUUUUCAUGGAACAAGUUCCUGGAGGAAGUUUAUCAGCUUUGUUAAGAUUGAAAUGGGGUCCUUUAAAAGAAAAUGAAUCAACCAUCUCAUAUUAUACUAAACAAAUGUUAGAAGGCCUUAAAUAUCUCCAUGAUCAAAAAAUAGUCCAUAGAGAUAUAAAAGGCGAUAAUGUAUUGGUAAAUACAUAUAGUGGAGUAGUAAAAAUAUCUGAUUUCGGUAUGUCGAAACGUUUGGCUGGCUUAUGCCCAAGUACAGAAACAUUUACUGGAACAUUACAAUACAUGGCACCAGAAGUUAUUGACAAGGGUCAACGUGGGUAUGGUGCGCCUGCGGACAUUUGGUCUUUAGGUUGUACAAUAGUUGAAAUGGCAACUGGAAAGCCUCCAUUUAUCGAACUGGGUUCUCCACAAGCAGCUGUUUUUAAAGUGGGGUACUACAAAAUACAUCCCGAGAUACCAUCAGAGUUGUCUGAAAGAGCAAAAAGUUUUAUAUUACGCUGUUUCGAGCCAAAUCCUGAUAUAAGAGCAACUGCUGCAGAACUAUUGGAGGAUCCAUUUCUUAAUGAGAAAAAGAAGAGCAGCAGAUUAGCUGCACCACCAGAUUUCAGUAGAAGUAUAUCAGUUCCUGCAGACAGAUUGGAACGUUUAGGAAAAUGUGAUAAAAUGAAUGAUAACCAUAUUGUCGCUGCUACAUCUAUGCAGAUAUCUCAAUCAGAUGAUAUCAGUGGAGGGUUAACGAAGUCAAGCCCAUUGAGGGAACGCAGUCCAGCUCACCUAUUAUCUCCUAUCAGCAUGCCUACUACAACCCUUUCUUUUAACAGUACCAUAGGGAAUACUCCAUCGAUAGAUACUAGUGAAAGUGAUAUAGCAAGUGCCUCAAUAACACGAAGAAGUUCAUCUGGUGGACUAUUAUCACCAGAAGUUGAAUUGGGAGGACAACCAGGUCAAAAAUCUGGAGAAGAACAGGAGGGUUUUUAUUUAUUAAAAAAGGAUAGCCAAAGACGCAUGACAUUAACGAGAGUUCUCAAUCAAGAUGAGGCAAAAAUUUGCGAAGUUUGGAUGAGAGGUAUACAUCAAGCAGAAGGACAAACGGUGCUGCAGAUGAGUCAGUUGGUAUUGCUCAUGCGCGGUUUGAGAGAUUAUAUUGCAGAGCAAAAUCAGGAAGUGAUAGUAACUGCUAUUCGAACAUUAAAAGAGGAAUUGGAUUUUGAUUCGACUGCUAUUAAUCACCUACAUUUGGCCAUUUAUUUAUUUCAAACGGCAGUAAACGAAGUUCUCAGAAUGCAUAGUAUAAAGCCACAUUGGAUGUUUGCCUUAGAUAACUUGGUGAGAAAUGCUGUGCAAGCUGCUAUCACUGUGUUAUCUCCUGAAUUGGGAGCUAACUUACUUGGACAAGAGCGAGUACAACCUGGCGGUCAAGGACCUGAAGAGGAAUCAACUUCUGGAGUAUCGACCGUAAAUUCUGUAAAAUCCCAAAAAACUGCCGAUUCCAUUGAUAAUAAGUAUUGGAAAGAAUAUAAAGAUCAAAUGGGAGCACUAAAGAUGGAAAAUAUGAAGCUGCUGCAAGAAUUGAUAGAAAGUCAGAAAGCAUAUCAGACAUUAUUACAGCAAGCUCUCGAAGAACAGAGAGCUCAAGUUAAUACAUUGACGCAUUUGUGUGAAAAUAUUAAUAAGAAAGCAGUGAGGCAGGAAUCUGGUUAUAAUUCUUGCAUCUCACCAAAUAUAUCUGAGCAAUCAACAUCCUUGACAAUUACUGAUACACAUAACAGUAUUCCUUCGCAUUCAGAUAUGGCUCUUGUCAAUUGGUUAAGAAAUCUUCAGGUAGAUGAUAUAUCGAUUGAUAGGUUUCUAUAUGAGGAAUAUACACUGGAAGAUAUUUUACAUCAUGUAACACGAGACGAUUUGCGCAGGCUAAACUUAAGGGGAGGAAUUGAACUCAGGAUAUGGCAAGCUAUACAGAGACAUAAUUCAUGAAAAUUAAUGGAAAUUAAAUUGUAAAGAUUAAUGAAUUAUAUCUAUUUUUUGUCACUAUUAGUGAGAUAAUAUAAUUAGUAAUUGAAGUUUCAAGCAGGGUAAAAAAUAUUUGUUUUUCGCGUGCGCUAAAUCGUUUAGUUUAUCAUCAGAUAAAGACAACGCUAUAAAUCGAUCACAUACAUGCUAUACUAUUAUGCUGGACAUAAACCGAAUUUCUAUAGAAAGAGAGUUUCUUUUAUGACAUUAUAUAAUAAUGAUAUUACUUGUUUAUGUCGUAGUUCCUAUAAAAAUUAGAUGAAUAUUACUCUUUACACAAACAAUCAUAUAAAAAAAAUCUAUGCACAUGAUGAUGUAUUAACGAAAUGUAUUAUGCUUGAAUAGGUUUUAUUACAGAUUUUUAUAUUACAGCUUUAUUUUAGAUUUUAAAUACUUUGUUAAAAUUUCAUGAUAUAAAAAAUUAAUAUUUUUAUAUAUGGAAUAUAUUUCAUACAUUACACAUUUUUCUAUUAUAAGAAAUUUUGUAAAUUUUUAAAUGAUUUUUAAAUUAUAUAUUUAAAAUCAAUCAAUAUAUUUAUUUAAAUAUAUAUUUAAAAUCAAUUUAGAAAAAUCAUUUCUAGAUACUUAAAAAGAAACAUUAACAAAAAGUUGCAAAUAAUAUUUAAAAAAAAAUUAUAAAUGUGAGAAGCUCUCUCUCUCUCUCUCUUAUCAAUAAUACAUUAGAUAUAUUUUUUUCUAUUCUAAAGUAAGAUAAUGUGUUCUAUGCACAACAAAGGUUAACAUAUAGACCUUUUGGUAAUACAAUUAAUGUAACUAAUAAAUCACGAGAUAUAAAUAUAUAUUCGCCGAAUAAAAGCAGUUUACUGCCAAUAAAAAAAUCUUGAUUAAAAACGAUUUAUAUUUUUACAAAAGAGUAAUAAUUUUAUAUAACAUUUGUUUAUUAAUAUUAAGGUUAAUAUUAAUAUUAAGCAAUAGUUAUCUGUAGCGUUUCCCAUUUAAACUUUUUCAUAUAAAUGAGGGCGCAAUUAUUUAUAGUGCCUUAUGAAACUCGUUCUAGUACAAGAAAAGAUAUUUAAUAUAUACAGUAUACAUAAUAUACAUAUGUAUUCGUAAGCGAUAAUAUGAAAUAAUUACAUUUUAUGUUCUCAAAGAGCAAAAUUUUACUUGCACAAAACAUAUACUAAAUCUUCCCAGUAUUCAAACAUUAAUGUAACAUGAAUGUUCCCAUAUCGAUAUUUAUCAUGUAUAUAGGAUGCUUUUUUAUAAUUUGUAAGAGCUUUAAUUGAUUCGUACUUUGUCGAAUUGAUUUAAUUAGAUGUAGUCUUCCUUUUAGAUUUUUUUUUUUGUAUAGAUACGUAUACUUUUAUGGCGAAAAAUUCCAAUCUUGUAUGCAAUAUUGGAAUAUAUAAAGGAAGAAUUAUAACAAUAUAAAGGAAGAAAUGCGUCUAUGUUUUUUGCAAGGCAUAUUAUAUAUCUAUAUAUAUAAAAUGCAUAAUAUACCUGUAUUACAUAUAUAUAUAUAUAUAUAUAUAUAUAUAUAUAAUUAGUUUUUUAUGUGUAAUAAUUGAAUUGAAUUUAGCAAGUAUCUGAUAUAUUUUAACAAACUCUCAAGAGAUUAUUUUCUUGAAAACCCAGUGCCUAACUAUUUUAAAAAUAUAUUUCUUAAGAUGGAUAAGCUGGAUUCAAUUUAAUUAUAUGCAUAUGUUGCAAUCUGUAUUAAUUAUAUGCAUGAUGUUGCAAUAUAUGAGCUAAUGACUGACAAAAUUAAUAGAAUAUUUUCUUGAAGUACUAAUACAUUAAAAAUUACAAUGCAAUAAUCACGUGUUGGUACUUGUAUUUAAGUGUUUUGCUUACAAUAGUUUUGCGUUUCGUUAGUUGUGAUUAGCCAGUCACAACAAUUGAGAAAAUAAAAUUCAAAACAAGUAUCAGAAAAGAAUCAUUAUUGUAACUCUUGUCUUUAUUUACAAAUAGGAUUAAUUAUUACUUGCGUGUGCGACCGUUUGUAAUACAAUAAUGAAUAAAUAUUUAUAUUAUUUAAUAUA